AUGUCGGACCUUUUACAUGCAGCAGUUAAAGCAGGAAAUAAAGAGACGGUGGAGAAGUUAAUUUCUUUCGGUGAAGAUGUCAAUUUUGUUAGCAAUCAUAAAUCUCCUUUAAUGUACUGUUUGGACACUGACAUCGCUAAUAGUCUUCUCUUGAAUGGAGCGGAUGUUAAAUUAAAAUCAGGGGACAGAAAUCUUAGUGCACUAUUAAAUCUGUUUUUAAAUGAUGACACUGACAAAGAAUGCAACAAUCAAAAGAUCAAAACCACAGAUGAAAUGUUCGAAGUGACUCUAGAACUGACAAAGUUGUAUCUGAAUCACGGAGCUAACAUCAACGACAAAGACUCUGAGGUUUUUCUAAAAUUUCCAAUUGAUGUCAAUGUACCAUGCUCUUCUACUGGCUUGACUGCUUUACAUCUUGCAGCCAAGAACAACGACACAGAUAUGUUAUGCUUGCUAGUGAUCUACAAAGCUGAUUUGGAUGUGGUAGACACACAGGGAAAUACUGCCUUGAUGAACGCUUUAAAGAGUUCAGGAAAAAAAAAGGAUUCCAUUCUGUUCUUAUUAGAUUCCAGUUUAAAUAUUAACAACCAGAACAAAGACGGUAAGACCGCUAUCAUGAUAGCUGCCGAAAUGUCAAUGACAGGGGUAGUAACACUGCUGAGAAAGGAGCUGAUUUGGGCAUCAGAAAUUAUGUGA